AUGGCUGAGACCAACCCCAUUGUCUCAGCUCUACGAAACAACCAAACACCACCGAUUAUCAUCAACCAAGACAGUUCUGUAUUCUCCACCAGUGUUAUACUUAAUAAAAUCAACUACCCAUUAUGGUCACAAAUAAUGGAAAUGCGCAUUGGCUCUAGUAAUAAGGCCGGAUAUCUCACUGGAGAAGUGAAGAAGCCACCACCCGAAGAUCCUAGUUACGCAAUAUGGGUCAUCGAAAAUUACAAAGUGAAAAGUUGGCUUAUUGAUUCAAUGGAUCCAUUGCUGAUGCAGCGGUUCAUUCUGCUUUCCACGGCCAAGGAAAUUUGGAAAGCUAUAGCAAAGACCUUCUAUGACGAAUUAGAUGAGACUUGUCUUUUUGAAUUGAAUCGGAAAUCCUUCUCCACCACACAGAAUGGUGGACCAUUAUCUAUAUAUUAUAAUGAACUUGUUGCAAUUUUCCAGGAAAUAGAUCACAAGAUAACCUCUCAGGAAGAAACCGUCGAAGGGAUGGUCCAAUUGCAUUCGCAAUGGCUAGGCUUUGAGUCCAUAUUUUUUUUAAGUGGGCUUGAUCCUGAGUUUGAUCACGUUUAUAGAGAAAUCCUUCGGAAGGAUCCCAAACUUAAUCUAGAAAGCACUUAUACAUAUGUACAAAGAGAAUACCAACAAAGACAGACGAUGGGAGUUCCUUUUGGAAAAUUACAAAUACCAACGUCUGCUGAAGAAUCACCAACAUCUGAAGAGUUGCACAUGAUAACACUAUUGACCAAAGAAUCAACUCAGAAUGUCCUGGACACCAAUAUUUCUACUCAGGAUGCCUUAGCAGAUCCAAAAUGGACAAAGGCUGCAAUUGAGAUUGCACAGAAUCCCGUACAACACGAUCGCACCAAACAUGUUGAAGUUGAUCAGCAUUUCAUCAAGGAAAAGCUAGACCAGAAGAUUAUACAGUUCUCAUUUGUCAAGUCAGAAGACCAGUUAGCUGAUAAACUCACAAAAGCAAUGUCAUUAAAGAUAUUCCAUGAUAUGAUUGACAAGUUGGGCAUGAUAGAUAUCCAUGCUCCAACUUGA